AUGACGGCAAAUGAGGCCCGAGCCUCAUCUACCGCAUCCAACACAGAGAGCCUCAUUAGCGCGUCUGGCUACAAGUUCGGCAAAGGCAGCAAGAAGGCGCCCAAGGUCAAGUUAAAGAAACUGCCGCUCCAGGGCAAGAAAGACACGCAAGUAAAUGGCGUCAAGAAUGCCGCAGAAGCACCCUCCCCCGAAGUGCCCAGAUUCGAUGACGAGACCAUGGCCAAUUUCCCCAACGGCCGCCUCGAAAGCCUCGACACCGUGAUCUGCAAGCACUGCAAAAAGAUGGUUCUGAAACGAACGGCCAAGUGGCACAUCUCCUUGUGUUUAAAAUCAAAACAGGACAAGGCCCGCAAGAAAAAGGAGGCACGUGAGGCUGCGGCGCGGGCGAAGGAACGGGCAGAGAAAGCCGACGAUGACGAUGACGACGACGACGAUGUUAAAGUGCCCGCCAGAAAAGACUUGGCUAACGGCGAUGAUGAUGGCUCCAAGAAGACCAAGAAACGAAAGGCCGACGCCGACGACGAUAAGGAGCCUCGCAAGAAGAAGAGAAAGGAAGAACAGAAACCGAAAGUGGCCAAAUCCAAGGGGCCGGUCGAUGUCGAGAAACAAUGCGGUGUUCUCCUGCCAAACGGUGGGCAGUGCGCGAGGAGUCUAACAUGCAAGAGCCAUUCUAUGGGAGCAAAACGGGCUGUCCCCGGACGAAGUCUACCCUACGACAUGUUGCUCGCUGCAUACCAGAAGAAGAACCAGGCACGCCAGCAGAAAGCCGCGCUGGAUGCAAAUGCGCCUGCUCUCCUGGAAGAGGAUCUCGACCCCAGUCUGACCGGUCCCGUCGAUUCCGAUGAAGAGCGAGACUCGGUGAUGACAGCCAUCGCCCGAAGCCUGACUCGACCCCAACCGCUCGUCACUAAACCACUAUUCCCAACGCGGCGGAAAUACCAGCUGGUCCGGAUGAAGGAAAUGCUAUCCAACGCCAUGAGCGGCAACAGGUCCGGCGGCUUGUUCAGCGUCCCUCCCGAGAGUGCCAGAAGUGCUCUCCCUCAGUCCGCCAUCCAUGAAACGUUUCCCGCGGCAAUAUCGGCUUCACCUGUGACGACAAGUAUGGGUCUGGGACAAGCUGGAUUGAAGGCCCCUCUCCGAAAGACCUCGAUUGAUGUGGCAUAG